AUGGCAUCCCCAGACCGAAAGGAGCUUCAAGCUAAAUGGAAGACCGAAGUCGAAGUCCCAACUCUGUCACUAGCGGAUGUGGCCAAGCAUAACACGAAAACCGAUUUAUGGAUUGUGAUUCAUGGCAAAGUAUACGACGUGACGAAAUACGCCAGAGACCACCCUGGAGGUGCCGAAGCAUUGAUCGAAGUCGGCGGAACAGAUUCCACCAGCGCAUAUGAAGAUGUUGGUCACUCAGAGGAUGCGAGAGAAAUCAUGCACCAGUUCCUUGUCGGCUCAUUGGCAGAGGCUGCGGACUCUCAGACACCAACUGCUAAGCCCAAAGUGCAGCUCGUCAGGCGAGGUGUGAGCAAUGAGCAGCCAAAGAAGAGUGCCUUGAGCGGGCUCACGCCGCAAAUUGAGCUCGCAGCCGUUGCUGUUGGAACCAUCGCUGUGGUAUUCAUUGCACGGACUGUCGGUCUACCCAGUUCGAACAAGAGUCACGCUGGGUCGAAAUCGGCGUCUGGAGCAGAGAGCCAUGGCGGAUUCGUUUCGGGAUUCUUGUGGGCAACCACUGUUUGUGCUGCGAUGGGAGCCGUGGGUUACCGUUAUAUUUCGAAGGCGAUGAGCUUCGACAAGCAGUUCGCACCGUCGAGUUUUCCAGCUCACAUGCACGCAUCCAAGCUCGUCAGAUCCACGAACCGGCCAGCUGGUGUGUUGAUGCCUCAGGAGUACCAGAAGUUUCCACUGAUUCGACGGGACGAGCUUUCAAAAGACACGGUCCGUCUGGUGUUCGCACUCCCGGCAAAGACAACGAUACUCGGCCUUCCAAUCGGACAGCAUGUCGCCAUUCGUGGAUACUUUGACGACGACAGUGGACAUCACACCGUAACUCGAUCGUAUACACCUGUAUCGAACAAUAAGGACCUCGGCCGCCUUGAAUUGGUGAUAAAGCUGUAUCCAGAUGGCCAGCUCACUGGAAAAUAUCUCACUGGACUGAAGCUGGGAGAUGAGGUUGAAUUCCGUGGACCGAAAGGUGCCAUGCGAUACCGGAAAGGAUUCACCAAGCGUCUCGGGAUGGUAGCCGGCGGCACCGGCAUAACGCCCAUGUACCAGCUCAUUCGUGCCAUCUGCGAAGAUAAAACAGAUGACACCAAGGUCUCCCUCGUGUAUGCCAAUAAGUCACCGGAUGACAUUUUGCUGCGUAAUCAAUUGGAGCGGUAUCAGAAGCUGGCGCCUAGCAAGUUCAAGAUAUAUUACAUUGUCGAUAAUGGUGCGCCAGGAUGGACAGGAGGCGUUGGCCGGGUCACAAAGGAGACUCUGCAGGAGCAUUUGCCGCUGGCAAGCGCGGAUACGAAGAUCUUGCUGUGUGGGCCGCCGGGCAUGAUCAACGCGACGAAGAAGAAUCUUGGCGAUUUGGGAUUUGAGCAGCCUGGUGCCGUGUCGAAGUUGACGGAUCAGGUCUUCUUGUUUUGA